ACACAAUCGCAUUCAUUGGCAUCGCAAGGUUGAAGUACUUCAUCUCUCUUAAACGACAAAUUAAACUCUCUCUCUCUCUCUCUAACGAAGACACGUCGAGGGGAAUCUGUGGGGCAAAAAAGGAGAAGCAUGGUUAGUUCCGAAAUGGGGCAGAUGAAGAAAAACAACAGCAAAGGCAAAGGCAAAGGCAUAGGCAUAGGCAUAUCAUUCAACUCCAUCUUCAUGCAUGCCGAUAAAUACGACAUGGCGUUGAUGGCUAUGGGUUUGGUCGGCUCAAUCGGCGAUGGAGUUUCCAUGCCUGCCAUGCUCUUAGUCACUAGCAAGCUCAUGAACAGCUUCGGCGUCACUUCUUCCCAGCUUUCUCUCUCCCAAAACUUCACCCACUCCAUCAACAAGAAUGCUUUGGUUCUCUGCUACAUGGCUUGCGUGCAAUGGGUGGCUUGUUUCCUGGAGGGAUAUUGCUGGACACGAACAGCAGAGAGACAAGCUUCACGGCUGAGGAGCAGGUAUCUGAAAGCUGUAAUGAGGCAAGACGUGGGCUACUUCGACCUGCACGUGACCAGCACGGCCGAGGUCAUCCAGAGCGUCUCCAGCGACAGCCUCGUCAUCCAAGAUUCCAUCAGCGAAAAGGUUCCAGUUUUUGUGAUGAACCUGUCGACCUUCCUGGGAUCGUACGUGGCGGCGUUCAUAAUGCUGUGGAGACUAGCCAUCGUGGGGUUCCCGUUCAUCGUGUUGCUGGUGAUACCGGGCCUCAUGUACGGCCGCGCGCUCAUGGGCAUCGCGCGGAAGAUACGCGACGAGUACGCCAAGGCCAAUGUCAUCGCGGAGCAGGCGCUCUCCUCCGUCCGAACCGUCUACGCCUUUGUCGGCGAGAGCAGGACCAUCGCCGCCUACUCCGCCGCCCUGCAGGGGACCGUCACCCUCGGACUCAGGCAGGGUCUCGCUAAGGGCCUCGCCAUUGGUAGCAACGGCGUCGUUUUCGCUAUUUGGUCCUUCAUGUCUUACUACGGCAGUCGCCUCGUCAUGUACCACAAUGCUGAAGGCGGCACCGUCUUCGCUGUCGGUGCCGCCAUUGCUAUUGGUGGAUUGUCACUAGGGUCGGGUCUGUCGAACCUAAAGUACUUUUCCGAAGCAAGUGCGGCGGCGGAGAGAGUGAGGGAGGUGAUAAAGAGAGUUCCGAAGAUCGAUUCGGACAACAUGGAGGGGCUAAUGCUGGAGAGCGUGUCGGGAGAGGUGGAGUUCCGACACGUGGCUUUCACGUACCCGUCGCGGCCGGAGAGCAUAAUCUUCGAGGACUUCAACCUGAGGGUUCCGGCGGGGAAGACGGUGGCGUUGGUCGGGGGCAGUGGAUCGGGGAAAUCUACGGUGAUAGCUCUGCUGCAGAGGUUUUAUGAUCCUGUCGGGGGCGAGAUCCUCUUCGAUGGAGUGGGGAUCGAUAAGUUGCAGCUGAGAUGGUUGAGAUCACAAAUGGGGUUGGUUAGUCAGGAGCCAGCUCUUUUUGCAACCUCCAUUAAAGAGAAUAUAUUGUUUGGGAAAGAAGAUGCAUCCAUGGAUGAGGUUAUUGAGGCUGCUAAAGCUUCCAAUGCUCAUAAAUUCAUCACUCAGCUACCUCAAGGUUACGACACUCAGGUUGGGGAGAGAGGUGUGCAGAUGUCUGGAGGUCAGAAGCAGAGAAUAGCCAUAGCCAGAGCUGUAAUAAAAGCCCCCAAAAUCCUCCUCCUGGACGAGGCCACCAGCGCCCUGGACUCGGAGUCCGAGCGCGUGGUGCAGGAGGCCCUCGACAAGGCCGCCGUGGGGCGCACCACCAUCACCAUCGCCCACCGUCUCUCCACCAUCCGCAACGCGGACCUCAUCGCGGUGGUGCAGGGCGGCCAGGUGAUGGAGAUCGGGUCCCACGACGACCUCAUCGAGGACGAGGGCGGACUCUACACGUCCCUCGUCCGCCUCCAACACACCCACCCCCCUGCCGCCGCCGUCCCGACCAAUGCGGGUCCCGUUCCCAUCGCCGCCGCCGCCGACGUCCACAGCACGAGCAGCAGGCGGAUGUCGGCGGUGAGCAGGUCGAGCUCGGCCAACUCCGUCGCGCGAGAGUUGGCGUCGGCGGGGGCACGCGAGCAAGUGUUUGGCGCGCCUUCUUUCAAGAGGCUGCUGGCGAUGAACCUGCCGGAGUGGAAGCAGGCGACGAUGGGGUGCGUGGGGGCGAUACUGUUCGGGGCGAUCCAGCCGGUGUACGCGUUCGCGAUGGGAUCGAUGAUAUCGGUGUAUUUCGAGACGGAUCACGGCGAGAUCAAGAGGGAGACCAAGAUAUACGCGCUGUGCUUCGUGGGGCUGGCCGUCUUCUCGAUGCUGAUCAACAUCUUGCAGCACUACAACUUCGCGGCAAUGGGGGAGCACCUCACCAAGAGGAUAAGGGAGAGGAUGCUGUCCAAGAUCCUCACCUUCGAAAUCGGGUGGUUCGACCAGGACCAGAAUGCCACCGGCGCUGUCUGCUCUAGACUUGCCAAAGAUGCCAAUGUGGUGAGGUCGCUGGUAGGCGACAGAAUGGCGCUGUUGAUCCAGACAUUCUCGGCAGUGAUCAUAGCCUGCACAAUGGGGCUUGCUAUAGCAUGGAAGCUGGCAUUAGUGAUGAUUGCAGUUCAACCCCUCAUCAUCAUCUGCUACUACUUGAAACGAGUCCUGCUCAAGAACAUGUCCAAACAGGCCAUCAAAGCUCAGGAAGACAGCAGCAAGCUCGCAGCCGAAGCAGUCUCCAAUCUCCGAACCGUUGCCGCCUUCUCCUCCCAAGCUCGCAUACUCAAAAUGCUCGAAGACGCGCAACGAGGCCCGCAGAAGGAGAGCAUACGCCAGUCCUGGUUCGCGGGGAUCGGCCUUGGGACAUCUCAAAGCCUCAUGACCUGCACCUGGGCUCUCGAUUUCUGGUACGGCGGGAAGCUCAUCCACGAAGGCUUCAUCACCGCCAAGGCGCUGUUCCAGACGUUCAUGAUCCUCGUCAGCACAGGCCGGGUCAUAGCCGAUGCGGGGACGAUGACCAACGAUCUGGCUAAAGGAGCCGAUGCAGUCGGCUCCGUUUUCGCCGUUUUGGACAGGUACUCUUUGAUUGAGCCCGAGGAUCCCGAUGGCUGCAAGCCCGGGAAGCUCACGGGGCUCGUUGAGCUUGAGGGCGUGGAUUUCGCGUAUCCGGCUAGGCCGGAUACGAUGAUCUUUAGAGGGUUUUCUCUGAGCAUAGAGGCAGGGAGAUCAACUGCUUUGGUGGGGCAGAGUGGGUCAGGGAAAUCAACCAUCAUUGGGCUAAUUGAGAGGUUUUAUGAUCCUUUGAAAGGAGUUGUGAAGAUAGAUGGGAUAGAUAUCAAGUCGUACGACUUGAGGUCGUUGAGGAAGCACGUGGCGCUGGUGAGCCAAGAGCCUACGCUUUUCGCGGGUACCAUCAGACAAAAUAUAACUUACGGGGCGUCCGAGGGGGUCGGGGAGGCGGAGGUGGUGGAGGCCGCCAAGGCCGCAAACGCGCACGACUUCAUUGCCGGGUUGAAGGACGGGUACGAGACGUUCUGCGGGGACCGGGGGCUGCAGCUGUCGGGCGGGCAGAAGCAGAGGAUCGCCAUCGCCCGGGCCAUCCUCAAGGACCCCGCGGUGCUGCUGCUGGACGAGGCCACGAGCGCGCUGGACACGCAGUCGGAGAAGGUGGUGCAGGACGCGCUGGAGCGGGUGAGGGUCGGGCGGACGAGCAUCGUGGUGGCCCACAGGCUCAGCACGAUACAGAACUGCGACACCAUCGCGGUGGUGGAGAAGGGGAAGGUGGUGGAGAAGGGCACCCACGCUUCUCUGCUCGAGAAGGGGGAGAGGGGGGUGUAUUACUCGCUCAUAAGCCUUCAAAGAGGGCCUACCAAUAUUCAGACAAUCAAGUGAUUAGCCUUUUGUUUUAGUGUUGGAAUGAAUUAGUCCGAGAUUAAUCUGCAGACUUUUUGUUCCAUUUUUGGAGGCUAUGGAAAUGAAUUAAUCUGUAUUGUUUUUGCACAUGUUAUGUGUAGAUGUACAGAUAAAGAAAAGAAAGCUCAAGAGUUUCUCUCUUUGAAGCCUUUAGAAUUAGUUAUGAUAUGAUAUAGUUUUAUUUUAUAUAUGGUUUAA